ACUACGAUGUACUGGAUUCAUUUUAUAUUCUAGUGUUGCAAUUUGUCAUCUCCCCCUAUCAGCUCACACUUUCUACUGAGGCAGAGAGACACACCAGAAAAUGCAACAGAGAGAGAGAGAGAGAGAGAGAGAGAGAGAGAGAGAGAGAAACGGGGGAGGGACUGUUGUUUCAUGCAGCACUGCUGUCAUUUGGCUUCUGCACGGCUCAGCGUUAAGGCGGCCUGCUGAAGGGAGGAGAGAAAACGAGGGAGUGAGAGAAAGAGGAGAGAGAAAAGGAGAACCAGGGCGGCAGCUGCUGCAGCCUUACAGGAAGGAACGGGAAAAAUAAAGGGUGCACGGAAUUAGCAUUUUCUUCCUGUGCAAGAGAGAAAGAGCCGCACAUUCGUCCUGUCCUCCAUGCUCUCACUCUUCUCUCAUCCAGCCCUAAAUGCUCUCCGGUAGAAGAAGACACUUGGGGGUUGAAUAAAAGGCAGGCAGAGCAAGGGCACGUCAAGGGAAGGUACAGCCAUGGCUGCCAAGAGGGGCAAGUCCGGCGUGCCACAAAGUGUGGCACGGAGCGAGCUGAAGAUGUACCGUGUGGGCAGCACGGAGGGGCGCAUCCCGGUGCCAUCCAACCUUCGCAAACAGAGGUCCCUGACCAACCUGGCCGUGCUGACAGAUGCAGAGAAGAAGAUGCAACUCUAUGAGCCCAAAUGGUGCGACGACAUGAGCAAAGCUGCCUCUGGACACCUGAAGAUAGGCAAGCCCAAACCUGUGGGCGGCGGAGGGGCGGGGGUUCAACUCUCUCGAAACCUGUCCAAAUCUGACCACUCCCUCUUCCAGGGCAAGCCCAAGACGUUCACUCCUCUCGCUGCACCUGGCGCCUUGGGAAAAGGCCAAAGUCGGAUCCCUCGAGGCCCUUACGCGGAAGUAAAACCCUUGAGCAAGACGUCCGAUGACUGCAAGUCCGACGAUGAUAUCCUGUCCAGCAAAGCCAAAGCCAGCGGGAAGAAACCUGCAGCUGGGGGCUCUGGAGACCCGGAGGCAAAAGGUCAAGGUGAGGAAGGUGCCGAUAAACCCUUCCUCAAGGUGGACCCGGAGCUGGUGGUCACCGUACUUGGUGACCUGGAGCAGUUGCUCUUCAGUCAGAUUCUCGAUCCCGAGUCUCAAAGGAAACGGACGGUUCAGAAUGUCCUGGACCUCAGACAGAACCUGGAGGAAACCAUGUCCAGCCUGCGAGGGACUCAGCUCAGCCAGAGUUGUCUGGACAGCAGCGUCUGCUACGACAGCGAUGAAACCAAUGCUCGUAGCAUCUCCAGCCUCUCCAACCGCUCCUCUCCUCUCUCCUGGCGGCACGGACAGUCCAGUCCUCGUCUGCAGGCCGGCGAUGCUCCGUCCUCAACGGGCAGCAGCUAUGUGUCGGGCAGCAAGGCCUCGUCUCAGUACACCUCUCACACCAUGCCUGCCCGCUGCUCCAGCCGCCUCAGCCACACGUCACGCAGUGACUUCAUCGAAGGUCUGGACGCCGGAGACAGAGACCUCAAGUCUGGUUACCUGAGUGAUUCUGAUGUACACUGCAAGAGCCUUAAUGACGACGACGAUGACGACAAUCUGGCCAAUGGCUGGGACGAGAGCAGCUCCAUCAGCAGCGGUCUGAGUGAUGCUUCUGAUAACCUGAGCUCAGAGGAACUCAACGCCAGCUCGUCUCUCAACUCCCUCCCCACCACACCUGUGGGCUCGCGACGCAACUCCUCCGUCAUGUUGCGGACGGAUGCAGAGAAGCGUUCUCUGGUGGAGAGUGGACUGGCGUGGUACAGCGAGGACAGUAAGUCCCUACGGAAAGCUGAUGGUGUUUAUGACACAGGCAGCUUAAAGUCAGAGCCUUCCAGCAAGUGGAGGAAAACUCGGCUGCCGGAUGGUUCUGCGCAGGACAAGACGGGGAAAGGAGAACUGAAGAAACCUCAGAGUCUAGGACAACCUGGGAGCUUCAGAAAGGGCCGAAAUCCACCUGUGGGCGUCACCUCUCCCAUCACACACACUUCACAAAGUGUGCUAAAAGUUGCAGUUUCUAAAGGAGACACUAAAGCAGUUGACAAGGUGAAAAUGUCUGUCAAGGCAACGGGUCUCCAGCGUUCACGCUCCGACGCCGGCCGGGACAACGAGCACCGCAAGCCUCCCUCAGGUCUGGUCAAACCCUCCGCCGGAGCCUCCUUCGGUUACAGGAAACCUCCGACCACCGGAACCGCCACCGUCCUGACAGCAGGAGGCGCCACUAUCACCAGCGGCUCGGCCACUGUGGGCAAGACCCCCAAGUCCUCUGGCAUCCCCAUCAAACCCGUCCCAGGUGCAGGCGGACGCAAAAACAGCCUGGACGCCAGCGGCUCCGAACAGGGGUUCCUGGCGCCCAACGCUCGCGGGAGCAUUCAGUACCGCAGUCUGCCACGGCCUGCCAAAUCCAGCGCUAUGAGCUUGACCUCUCGCCCUGUCAGCGGCAGCAUCGACGCCAGUCUCCUCACCCUCAAACCCGUACCACCUCUGCCCAACACCAUGCCCACCAGAGGAAAAGAUGGAGGCGGCUUAAAAGCGGCUAGUCGCCCGAGCGCCACUGGACCCGUCAACCAAACGGACCGAGAGAAGGAGAAGGAGAGGGCCAAGGCCAAAGCCGACCUGGAGAUCAGCUGUCUGAAGGCUGAGAACCAGACUGACAGCUGUGCAGAGACUGUGGAGAAGAUCCACCGAGUGAGGAGGACCAGCAGCAGUAAAUACCCAGAACUGAGCUCUCCGACCAGCACGCCAAGGUUGCUGAGUAGUAAGUCUCUAGUUCAUCCUCCCAGUCUGGCUCACCUAGACAAGCUCAACUCCAACAGUCUGGACUCCUGUAUCACCAUCCAUGACCUUCCUCCAAAGAUCCCUCCCUACUCCAAGCUGCAGGACCUGGCGGGCUCCCGCGUGUCCUCUCGACUCACCCCGAGCCCCGCGCCGGUGCUCCACAUCGACUCUCCCAGCUGUUUCUCAGGCCAGACGCUGUCGGUCAGCAGCUCCCCCAUCCUCUACCCCAAGAUGUCCGGCCUGCACCGCAGCAUGGAGUCACUGCCGCUUCACAUGAGCGUCCCCAUCAAACCAGAUCUGGGAGAGCGGGAUGAAGCCAGGAGCACUGGGACGUGGGGCGCAGGGAGCCGGACGUCCAUCACUUUGGGCGACAGUUUACAAUCUGAUAGGAACACCUUUCCCAAGAAAGGAUUAAGUCGCUAUGGCAGUGGCCAAUCAGAGGGAGAAGUGAGGGAACGCCGUCAUUCCCACACGAUCACGAGCAUGACGGAUUCGGAGAGCCCACCGCAGCUGCCCUCGCCGACACACGUGACACAGACCUUCCUGGGAAAAACGCCACCGACCAACGUGGUGGCACCAAUCCCAAGUUCAGGCGCCGGUUCCCAGAUCACGCGCUCCAACAGCAUCCCGGCGAAUGACAUGGGCUACGAGCUUUAUGGCACAUCACCUCUGGGCAGCUCUCUGUCUCUGGCUGACCGACCAAAGAGCAUGAUGAGAUCCGGAUCCUUCAGAGAGCCGAGUGAAGAUGUUCAUGGAUCUGUGCUGUCUCUGGCCUCGAAUGCCUCAUCCAACUAUUCGUCGACUGAAGAGAGAAUGCAAGGAGAGCAAAUCCGGUUACUGAGGCGUGAGCUGGAGUCAUCUCAGGAUAAAGUGACCAAUCUGACCAGCCAACUCUCAGCAAAUGCAGGCCAGGCGAACCUGGUGGCAGCGUUUGAGCAGAGUCUGGCCCUCAUGACGGCGCGACUGCAGAGUCUGUCAGUCACUUCUGAGCAGAAGGAUUCCGAGCUACAGGACCUGAGGGAAACCAUAGAAGUCUUAAAGGUCAAGAACACAGAAGCCCAGUCAAUUAUUCACGUGGCCCUCAAUGUCCCCGAAACCACACCCAAAGAGCUGCAGAUCGACCGUCAGAACUCGUCAGAGAGCAUCUCCAGUCUGAACAGCAUCACCAGUCACUCCAGCGCCGGCAGCCUGAAGGAACAGGAGGCCAAGAAGAAGAAGAAGAAGAGCUGGGUCUAUGAGCUGAGGAGCUCCUUCAACAAGGCUUUCAGUAAAAAAGGAUCCAAAGCACCAUAUGCAGAUAUAGAGGAGAUUGCAACGCCAGUCACAUCCACCCCAUCUUCACCCAAAAUCCAACAUAAUGUGGAUAACGCCUCCGCAAAGGCAUCGACUUCAACAUCGGGAUCAUGCGAGGGCUCUGAAGACACUGAGCAAGAAGAGAAAGUGGUUUCAGAGUUACGCUCAGAACUGUGGGAGAAGGAGCGCAAGCUGACGGACAUCCGCCUGGAGGCGCUGAGCUCCGCCCAUCAGCUGGAGCAGCUGCAGGAGGCCAUGACCAACAUGCAGAUGACGGUGGAGAACCUGAAGGCGGAGAAUGACCAGCUGAAGACGGGUGGCCCCUCCUCCAGACCUCCAAGCUCCACCUCCCAGUCCUCAGGGCUCGGUUCAUUGGGCAUCUCAUCACCACGGCAAUCUGUGUCAUCUUUCGGCAAAACCGGCAUGGGACAAAACGAGCCUUACCCAGAUGUCUUUCAAAGCCCCACCACGACUUUGCAGAAGGAUGAAAAUCUCGUCAGAGUGUUGGUUCGCAUACCCCAUCAGCACCUAUUCAAAGACGAGGUGAAACAGCUGGAGUUUUUCAUUGGCACGGUUAAAAUCAGCGGACGGACGGACUGGUUUUCUCUGGACUCUGCAGUUAUCCAGGCUUUUAAAGAGUAUUUAGCGGUGGUGGACCCCGGCUCCAGUCUGGCUCUCUCUCAGGACUCCAUCUACAGCUACAGCCUGAGCCAUCUGAAGAGGGUUCUGGGAGCGCAGCCGCCCGAGACGCCUCCUGUGCGCCUCUCUAAAGGCUCCUCCUGCAUCAGCGUGACUCUGAAAGGACUGAAGGAGAAGUGUGUGGACGUUCUGGUGUUUGAGACGCUCAUCCCCAAGCCCAUGAUGCAGCAUUACAUCAGUCUGCUUCUCAAGCACCGGCGCUUGAUCUUAUCAGGUCCCAGCGGCACAGGGAAGACCUACCUCACCGGCCGGCUCGCCGAAUACCUGGUGGAGCGCAGCGCUCGAGAGGUUACACCCGCCAUCACCACCACCUUCAACAUGCACCGCCAGUCCUGCAAGGACCUUCAGCUCUAUCUGGCCAAUCUGGCCAAUCAGAUCGAUCGGGAGAGCAGCACAGCUGAGAUCCCAUUGGUAAUCAUCUUGGACGAUGUGCAUGAUGCAGCAUCCCUCAGUGAACUUGUUAAUGGUGCUUUAACCUGUAAAUAUCAUAAAUGUCCAUAUAUAAUAGGAACAACCAAUCAGCCAGUGAAGAUGACCCCAAACCACGGCUUACACCUCAGCUUCAGGAUGGUGAUGUUUUCCAAUAACGUCGAGCCAGCAAACGGAUUCCUAGUACGUUACCUGCACAGGAAGCUAAUGGAGGCUGAAGAUCCCAGGAGCGUGAAGAAUGAAGAUCUGCUGCGGGUGCUGGACUGGGUGCCCAGACUCUGGUACCACCUCCACACCUUUCUGGAGAAACACUGCACCUCCGAUUUCCUCAUUGGUCCCUGCUUCUUCUUGUCCUGUCCUGUAACAGUAGAGGAAUUCCGCACGUGGUUUAUCGAUCUCUGGAAUCACUCAAUCAUCCCAUACCUGCAGGAAGGAGCCAAAGAUGGCAUUAAGGUCCACGGGCAGAAGUCGGUGUGGGAGGAUCCGGUGGAGUGGGUCAGAGGGUCUCUGCCCUGGCCGUCUGCUCAGCAAGACCAGGCCAAACUCUUCCACCUGCCUCCCCCGAGCACAGGCCCCGGCAGCCCCAGCCAGCCAGGAGACGAUCGGCCGCAUAAGGAGACGCCACCCAGCUCCAUCGAGUCAGAUCCACUGAUGGCUAUGCUGUUGAAACUACAAGAGGCUGCCAAUUACAUCGAGUCACCAGAGAAAGAAUCAGAUCCAAAACUCCCUCCUCUCUGAACAUCUCCUCCAUCUCUCCUGCUGUCCAUGUCCAGGUCCAGCUGCCCCGCACCUGCAGAUGACACUGUACUGUUACUAUAAAUGCUGUUGGUGCAUUUCACCCACUCUUUUAUUAUAUUAUUCAUCCAACCUUUCUUAUUUCAGUGGAAUGUCCCUUACAGAAAAGCACUGUGGUGGUACCGUGGUUCAGUGAUGCUAUCAGAUGGUAAUACCGUGGUACUUUCUCAUACGGGUAGUUGACUUGUUCUGCAGCAUGACAUGCUGUACGACCAUUUUAAACAGCAUUUUGCUCUUUUAAAGUUAUUAUGCAUGCAGCAUGCAUAAUAAUGAAUGAGCUUCUAUGAAUCGUAAGAGUAUUUGUGCUUGUAAAAAUGGAUUUGUUGCACCUCAGGACCUUUAAAGUGAACUAGUGAUGGCAAAAAUAGUGGUUAUGGCAGGAUAAAGUUCAGGAAGAAAUGGUAACCCAUUACAGCACCUAUAACUACACUUUACUGUAUUCUGUACAUUUAUUACAAAUAUUGGUGUUGAUCCAUAAAACUGAGUAAAUAACAUGGUAUUAUCUUUUAGUGACCAAACCAUGGUAAAACCACCACAGCCGGUUCAUCCAUGGUAAAUUUUAGUUUUUACCAUGGUACUUUUAUGUAAGGGCUUGCAAAAACAGUAAUUUGUCAUGAAAUGUAACUCCUUCUCCUAAAAAAAAAAUUAGGAAAAAUGAUCAUUUUAUAGCACUUCUAUCUGCAUAUUUUGGUUUUCAGACGCUUUGGUACACAUGUAAUUCUCUUCGCGGGAACUUUUACUGUUCCACUGCUGCCCGUAUUAACAACUCAAUGAUACAGGUGCUAAAAUCACUAGUGUGCGAGAGUGGCUUCAUCUCGUGGUAAUGAAUAAGAGCCAACAUGGGAGAUAUUGGGAAAUAUUACGUCUCACUUAAUAAUGUAACUCUUUACAGGCCACUUUAGCCUAUGCUGCUUUUUGUAUGUUUAAUUUCUUUCAGGUUUGAAUAUGGCCACAGCAUAAGCUAGUUUAACCCCAGAAACAAUUAAGCAGACCGCAUUAAACCUUUUCUUCUUCUUUCUAACACAGUGAAUGCCUUACAACAGAUUCUAAGUGUGCUAUCAUGUUCCCUUUUCACUCUGUAGAGUUAAGCAAAGUUCAGAAAUGAAAUUCCAUAAAAUGAAUCUGAAUUAAAUUGGAAACGAACAGGAAUUUACUGAAUUGCAUUUAAAAAAAGUCUUGAUGGAUUGUGAUUUGCAGGAAACAGCUGAAUGAUAUUUUCAAUCUUAAAACUAAACAGGCUGUCUUUGAAUUUCAUUCCAUUUUAAUUCUAAUUCCUAAAACUAAAAUUGAAAGUAUGAUUCUGCAUCCUGUUUCGAAAGGCACUUAACAAUAAUAAACUGAAGCUUGUGCUCCCUCUAAAGUUCCCACUGUACACAAAAGCACCUCAGUAACAUGCUGUAAAGAUCACUUGCAUUCGGAGAGACGUCCCGACCACAAACGGGCCAUUUCUGUGCUCUUUGAUUUACUGUAAUGAUACUGUAGAGAUGUUUGGCUUGGCUUUGGCACUGAUCUCAGCUCAGGGGUUUGGUUAUCUCAGGCCUCUAAUUAGAUUCAGCUACAGCUUCCUUCUCAGUUACUGCUCUCUUUGUAGCAAAACGGUGCAAAUGUAGAAAACCAAAUAUUCAGUACGAGCCUUUCAUUUGAAGCUACUAGAGACUAUCACCCCCAAUAAAGUGCACACGGAUGCAAAGAUUAUUUGGUGCUAUUCUGUAUCACUAUUGGAAAACCUGACUUGGUUUAGCAAGAAUCGCACUUGAAAUCCAUUAGCCUUACUCUUGUAGUAUUUAAGGGGAUCUUUACAUACAACCAAGUAAUCAUUUUAUUUAUACAAUCCUUUUAGUCGUAGUUUUAGAGCUUAGUUUCUUUAGAUGUAGUUUAAACAUUGCACUAAAAAUCCACCUCGAUAUCGCUAUGUCAAAGUAAAUCAACCUCCUAAUGUCUAAAAACAUAUCAAACCGCGCCAUUUCUCUGAAGCUUACGAUUAAUAUCAGAGUCUGCAGUUCUGUUGAGCACUAACAAGAGUAGUGUACACUACAUCGAUGCGUCCUCAGCGCUCACACAGAAGAGGAUUGGCUCUCAGAAAGCAGUGGUGGACCAGUAAUUUCCCAUCUCUGUACCUGAAACUAGUAUCCAAACACGCAUGUAGCUAAAGUUAAAAUCUAACUCAAAUCAUUCCAUUCAUUUCUAUUCAUCUAUACUGCAUUAUCAUCACUUUACACAGUGUAAAUAUGAUUUUUGUAGUUCCUUCUCCAAGAAAUGAGGGUUUGUGGAGUCUAUUAGCCAAAUAGAGAGAGACUCGUAAUGUUCAAGAUGGCAAAAUGAUUUAGUUAUUUUAGCCUCCUUCAGUUGCGCCGCUGCUGCUGCUUCAAGUAUAAUAUGUGACUUUUAUAUUUGAUUACAUUCCAGACGUAAGACAGUGUGUCAAUGGCUUUUGUUGCUUAUCUGCUGAAGAUCCUAGUUGGCCAUUUGCAGUUUCAUUUUAUAUCAAUAAAUGCCACUGCAACAAAAUAUUACAUUUCAUAACCGUAGCAUGUUACAAAACCGUAACAAUUACCACUGAUAUUGAAUCUGGAUCAGUGAAUAAAACUAAUUUUCGAGGGAAUAAAUCUCAUUCCAGUGUUUUCAUUGUCAGCAGCUAUUCUUUGUUUUAAAAAGACGUUUAUUAGUGUGACUAAAGCCGCUGAACACUGUCUGCAUCAUGUUUCUGGUUAUUGUGCCUGUGACCGUGUGAUAGCUGUGCUGUGUUGUGCAAAGUCCCAUUUAAUGCGACAAUUCAGCAACUUUUUACUGUCUACUUUGUCUGUCCUUGAAUGGUAAUGACAGCACAUGGAUGGUGAUUGGUAAAACUGGAUUUUUAUGCUGAUUUCACUGUCUAUCGCUCAUAUGCUUUGGUUUGUGUCUUCUUCUGUUGCUGUUUUCACUCUUUAAUGCACCUUUUUAUGUGGACUAUAUUGUUGCAAUAAUUUGUUGUGUGUUAAACAGAGUCAGGAACUCCGUUUGAUAAAGACUUUGGGUGAUUGUAUGCCUUGAUGGUGCUGUCUUGAGGUCAGGGUUAAAUGAAUGAGAACUUACAGUAGGCCUAUAUCAUGUGGUGUGCUUUUAUGUAAAGUAUUUCAGAGAGGAACAAUGAGAAAUAUAAAGAUAGUAUUACAGAUACAAAGUGGUGAGAAGUUGCUGAAUGGUCCUUUCACUUCAUGCAAAGCUUGAUAUUGAUUCAAAAGUCCAAUAUUAUUGCAUAAAAGGUAAUAUGACAGUAGAAGAUGUAAGUUCCAAUGUGCAAUGGGUUUCUAAAUGUCGUAAACGCAUGUCACCUUAGUGUGAAGCAGAAUUACGGAUGUGUUCUACCUAAUUUGGGGUCAUAUAAAAGGAAUGAUAUAAGUUUCUUUUUAUUGUAAUGUUCCCCCAAAUGAUUGUUUGUACAACUUCAUUUCCAUUUUGUACAGAACGUUAUAAAUGUAAACAUUGUACAUAGCGUGGCCCUGCAUUUGCAACAACAAUCAUUUAAGAAAAAUACAUAAUGUCAUUAAGAAAUGUGGUUUGUAAGGAAGACGUGUGCUUUUGUUACCGAUGGAGUGGCCCGGUACAUAAAGACUGUCAUGCUUUGGAUGUUCGGAAUAUGACCACCAAGACAUUGUCCAUCUGUCAUAAUAAAACCACAACGUUCGUUAACUG